AUGACUGACAGCCCCUCGAGAUGGCCUCAGCCGGGCGGGUCGACGCCGCGGCGCACGCCCAACAGUCGACCCGCCGCCCGCUUCGGUGCUGGCCAGCCUGCUGCGUCAAAGACUCCCAAGAGCGGGCCAGACCCCGGCCGCGUCAUCGUCAUCUCGGACGACUCCGACGACGACGAGUUUCCCCAAGCUCCCAAUCGCCUCUCUGGCCAGAGCACGAUGCCGACUCCUUCCCGCAGCCGCAAGGCUACCACGCGUGCAUACAAUCGCGACGACGACGACGAUAGCGAGGUCGAGUUCCUCGCCGAUCGCUCCAAGAUCCGCGAGACCGUCCUGAUCGACGACUCGCCGCCACCCGGAGAUGCCAAGCCCUUACCCGCCCCUCCGCCGCGAUCGCGCUCGGCAAAGCGAGAAAGCUCCCCGCCGUUCCAAGAGGUGAAGCCGUCCGCCGCUGGACCGUCGUCUUCGUCCAAGCCCCGGGAAUCGCCGCUGCACAACACUCCAGUCCGUUCGUUGCUGGCCAAGCGCGAGGGUUCUGAUCGCGACCACAGUGCCACGGCGCCCGCGCCCAAGAGAGUCAAGCCCGAAACGCAGGCGCCUGCCAUCGACAUAGCGGCCAGAGCGCCCGCGGCUGCAAAGCCCGCAGAGCCCAAGUACACCCGCUGCCUGACGAUCGAGGCGCUCUGCGACGUGGCCCCGACUUGUCCGGCCGUGACUGCGGGCCAGCAGCUGUUCUUUGAGCGAAGGCGCGGUGUCGCUACAGUCACGAUCUACGCCUCGGGACUGCAGGUCGCCGGGAAGCUGGCGCAACCUACCGCGAUGGAGCUCGCCAGACACCUCGCCUCUCCCACGUUCCACUUCGAGAUCUACGCCCUCGAGCCGGUCCACACUGGCUCGGGUGGGAUCGACCCGGCGACGUUGUCGCUCUCCGGGACCAUGGCGGCGACGCCUCAGAUUCGCGUCGGCAUCGACAUCAAGUGCCAGACUGGAACGGAGCGCGCCUGGUUCCUAGCCCUGAAGCACGGAUUUCCGGACACUCGCAAUCUUGCUUUCGAAGGCCUCCCCACUUCGGCCGCCGAUCGCGCCAGUCAACUUCGCAACGUCGCGACCGCGACACCGGCUGCGCCCCCACAGCCCAUCGAUUGGCUUGAGCGAGUCCGUGCCGAGAUGGCUCGCUGGGCGCCGGGCGUCUCCGCCGCGCUUUCCGUUGCUCAUUCCGUCCCGGCUGCCUCCGCGGCCGCUCAGUCAACUGCACCGUCGCACCUGCCGAAGACCGAAGCUGAGCCAUCGCUUGGCUCGGGCGGCAUGUACAGCGGCACGACAACCAUUCCGGGCUCCUUUGCCGCGGGCAUGGACGGUGCCCCCGAUUUCUGGGACGACUGGAUGGGAGAGCGGCUCAACGCCAUGCACACCGACCCUGACGACGACGACGACGACGACGGCCACGGCGGACACGAUGGUGCGGUGACCGGCGAGCAAGAUGAGGUCAUGCGCGGGCUCGCCGGCAGCAACUACCAGGGCCGCAACGCUCUCAGCGCCCUCUACGACGAGAGCCACUCUCUCGACGUGGCCAUGCUGCCUCCGUUCCCCGACCAUGAGAGCCUCUUAGCCGGUCGCCUCAAGACGCCGCUCAAGCACCACCAGAGCCAAGGCCUGGCUUGGAUGGUCGAGAAGGAGCACCCGCAGCCGCCCCGUCGCCACGCAGAUGGCCUCGUGAUGCUUUGGCGCGCAAGGCGCAUCAAGAACGGCAGCUCACGCUACUCGCACGCCGUUCGACCGGGAGAAUGGCAGCGCAACCCUCCUGCACUGCCCCGCGGUGGUAUCCUGAGCGACGACAUGGGAUUGGGCAAGACGCUCAUGAUCAUCGCGCUGAGCCUGUACGAUCCCACCGGCCAGAAGGUGGUUGCCGCCGAGGUCAAGAAGAAGGACAAGCAGGAGAGGGCGUGGCUCAAGAAGCGCGAGGCGGCGCUCAAGAAGAAGGGCAAGGCCAAGGCCAAGGCCGAGGCGGCCGAGGCCGAGGUCAGCGGGAGCGAGACCGAGACCGAAGCCGAGGCCGGCGACGGCGUGCCCGAGGCCAUCAUCGACCCGCUGGACCCGAUGUACAGCAAGACGACGCUGGUCGUGUGCCCGCUGAGCGUCAUCUACAACUGGUCGAGCCAGAUCCAGGAGCACACCCGCAACGUCAAGGUCGCCAUCUACCACGGCGAUGGCAUCAAGAAGAUGAUACACUCGAGGUGGGACAGCUACGACUUCAUCAUCACGACGUACGACACGAUCAAGUCGGAGUUCAAGCCCAUCGACACGAUCCGAAAGGCCAGGGCCCUCGCCGAGACCCGCCAGGAUCAGAUUGCCGAGCUGGAACGCAAGCUCACCCUGGUCAACGCCCCCGGGGCGGCGUACAUCGACAAGGAGCAGUGCCGACGCGACCUCGAGCGAAUCAGGGCCCAACAGCGAGACGAGCUGGCGGCGUGGGCCGCCAAGCGAGAGGCGCCGUCGUCGUCGAAGCUCAAGGCCGCCUUUGCCCGAGCCGAAGCCAAGUCGUCGGCCAGGGGCGGGGCCAAAGGCAAGAGCAAGGGAAAGGGCAAGGGCAAGGGCAAAGCCAGGGCUCAGCAGCUCGACGACGACGACGAGAGCGACUUUGCGUGGAGCCCCAGCGCGACCGACGACGACGAAGACGACGACGACGGUUUCGCAAGGCCCAAAAAGGCCCCGCGCAAGUCGGACCUGGCAAGCACUUCGAGGGCGAGCACGUCGACCUCGACGCCGUCCAAGGGCAGCAUCAAGUCGAAGCAGACGCUGGCCGACGGUGACGACGUCGAGUACGACUUCGACGAGCUGUUCGCCUACGAGCUGCCCAAGGUCCUCAAGACAAAGUACCGCCGCCUAGUGCUCGACGAGGCCCACGUCGGCCGAAACUCAAAGACGCUCCUCUACCGCGCCAUCCUCGAGAUCACCGCCGAGCGCGUCUGGGCCGUCACCGGCACGCCCCUCAUCAACACCACCAAGGACCUGCAGAGCCUGUGCGCCUUCCUGCGCGUCGAGCACCUCGAGGAUCCGAAGCUGUGGAACAAGUACAUCGAUCGAGCGAUCCGCAGCGACUCCAGCCAGGCUGGCUCGCGCCUGCUGCGCUCCAUCAUCCUCUGCACCACGCUUCGCCGCACGAAACACAUGAUGGACAUCCACGGCAAGCCGAUCGUGGAGCUGCCCGCGAUCCAGAUGUACAAGCAUGCUAUCGAGCUCGACCCAGAGACCCGAGUCUUCUACGACCGCGUCGCCGAGAUCAUGCGAGGACGGGUUCUGGGCCUCUGGCGCGCCGGCGAGCUCGCCGCUCAGUACAGCAACGUUCUGCUCUUCCUAUGCCGACUGCGUCAGAUCUGCUGCUCGAGGGAUCUCGUUCCGGACAAUCUCCUCGAAGAGAUGCAGGAGCUCCUCGCGCCCCCCGAAGAGGGCGAAGGCGGCGAGCAGGCGGCGCCGGCCAUUGAGCUCGACGCCAAGACCGUCAAGAGCCUCCAGGAGAAGCUGCGCGCGCUCAUCACCACCGGCUCCGAGGAGUGCCCGAUUUGCCUCGAGGCGUUCAACGACCCCCGCAUCACUCCGUGCUCCCACGUCUUCUGCCUCGCCUGCAUCACCGCCGUCAUCACGACGCAGGGCAAGUGCCCGCUAGACCGGGCCCUGCUGCCUGCCGGCACCCCGCUCGUCGCGAUGCCUACCGAAGAGCAGGUGCUCGCUCUGACAGAGGACGAGGGGGACGAGGACGUCAAGCCGGGCCGAUCCAAGGAGCCUUCGCCCCUGAUCUCAGAGGUCGGUACCGACGGAACACCCGCUGCAGCCGACGGCGAGGCUGUCCAGAGCGCCAAGAUUGAUCAGCUCGUCGAGAUCCUGAGGACGACGGACCGGACAACGAUGGUCAAGGGCCAGCCCAUGAUCAAAAGCCUCGUCUUUUCCAACUUUGUCUCGUUCCUCGACAAGGUGGCCGAGCGCCUCACUCGCGAGGGCAUCCCGUUCUGUCGCUUCGUCGGCUCGAUGAACAAGGUCCAGCGCGCCCAGGUGCUCGACAGGUUCAGCAAGCCGGUCUACCCAGGCCAGCAGGACCACUCGCCCCCCGCUGGCGAUCCAGGCGCCGGCCGUGGUCCGGGACGAGCCUUCGCAGCGGCCGUGGCGAAGCCUCGCACGCUGCUCGAGAUGCUCGACCAGCAGUUCGUCCGCCCAAAGAAGGAGGAGGCGGUCGAGCAGGACGAGCUGCCCGACGAGACGUGCAAGGCUUCAUCUAGCUCUCGGCAGCUGGCCGCCCUUGACGUCAACGGUGGCAAACGGGGCUGCGGUCGUCGUCAUGCAAACACGGACAACUGCGACGGCCGAGUGCCCGUCGUCAUGCUCAUCUCGAUCCAGGCCGGCGCCGUCGGCCUCAACCUGACGGCCGCAUCGCAGGUCUUCCUGCUCGAUCCGUGGUGGCAGGGUCAGAUCGAGGCGCAGGCCAUCGACCGCGUGCACCGCAUCGGCCAGCGUCGCGACGUCAAGGUCUUCCAGUUUGUCUGCACCAACACGGUCGAGGAGAGGGUCAUGGAGAUCCAGGGCGAGAAGGAGGAUCUGAUCAGGAACAGCUUCGCCGGCAUCAAGAACCGAGGAGAGAGCAUCGACAAUCCGGCCAAGAAAAAGGAGAGCACCAUCCGCGACAUCCUGCGCAUCUUUGGCAUCACUGGCAGGAACGGCGAGGUGCUCGAGGACCGCGCCGGCGGAGGCGACAGCGGCACCGAGACCGAGAUCGAGCCGGAGGUUGGCCCGAGCAGGGUACUGGCGGUCUCGCGCACGGGCAACAGCGCGACGCUGGCUUCGCGCACCGGCUCUUCCACCGCAGCCAACGCCAACCCGACGGCCGGUCCCAGCGGAACGAGGGUCAAGGGCGAGGCAGUCGACCUGCUGUCCGGCGACAGGGCCGGACCCAGGCAAAGCCAGAGCGGCUCAAGCUCCAACGCCUCCAACCGACCCGCCAAUGUCAAGUCCGAGUGA